AAUCUUUCGAAAUUCACCUCAAUCACUCGAGAUGCCUCGAAGUUUUGUGCACGCUAUUUCAGAUCUCGAUCUAAUCGUGCACCUCAAACAUAUGCCUCUCCUCCCAAUUUGCACAAUUAACUGCAAUCUGGCUGAACUGGAUUGCUUCUAGGAUUGAGGUGCUUUGAAUAAACAUGCCGCCUAUGAUAUUGGAUCAAUUCGAGAACCCCUUCCGGUCUUCCUCGAGCAAUUCCUUCCAUGAUGCUGCGAACUCAUUCUCUCCGAACCAUGUCGCUACCGAGCCUCUGUUCAAAGACCAAGACGAGAUUAGUGAAGAGGGCGAAAGCUCCUCAGCGUCCAGCACACAAUGGGCAGGCUUCUCAAGCCCAGCCGGAUCGCCAGUCUGCGAGUCAAACCAAGAUCCCGACAAGAGUGAAAGCGAGAGCGAGCUCGAUGAAAAUGUUUUCGGUUCAGAUAGCCACGAUCAACCUCUUGUAUCCGAGUCGGAAAAUCUCCGGGGAAGUUUUCAACAAAGUCAUGGCCAAGCAUCCCUUCAGCCUUCGCAAUUGACGAUCCCACGAUCACAAUAUUACGGAUACAAACCUCCUCUCGAUAUUUGCGAGGAAAAAGUGGCUGUUAAGGAUCUGAUGGAUGCUCUGAAACAACAAAAGCUUGCCAAUCAGUCUUCGGGGCCCAACAAUGGCGAAUACGAUGCAUAUUUUGAAGAGCUCGAGCUUUCAAAUUUUGCUGUAUAUCUUCCGCCGAGCAACACAUGGCAUCCGUGUGAGAUGCAAGGUUUGCAGGUUCUUGCGACCAAAACCGGUCGCGGGAGUUUUUAUUUUGACGGAAUCCUGAGCACAGGCAGUACAAGACGUUAUGUGCAAGGAGUUCCGUUCGAGAUCUGCUCUAUCGGAAAUUAUGGCAAGGAUUCUGACGAAGUUGGAAGGGAUAUUUGGAUCCAGUCAGUAUUGAACGAAAAGUCAAAGUCGAAUAUCUUUUACAGCUUGGCAACGCCAUCAUCCGAAUACGAGCGCUUCCAUGAAGGCUUUCUCUGGUUGGCAAAUCUGGCAAAACAUUUUGUGGAUUUUUGCCAAUCGAGCGAGCAUCCAGUUUCUAUCCACCAUUUCAGAUUAGACUUUUAUGCCUGGUUGAAGCAGACUCAUGGGGCCUCGUUGGCGUUCAACAGUUGGUACCAGGAAUAUGGUAACCAAGAUUUUAGACGAGCUGUUGCUCGAAAUAUCCCCUUUCUUUUCAAGGAGAGCAUUGGGGUGGACGGGGGCCUGAGGUCUCAGCCGAUCUGGCGCGAGACCAUGGAAAGAGAUUCGGUUCCAAACCAGCAAAUACAAGAAAAAAUGACGGUGGUCACUCCGUAUGUCUAUGAGUGCUUCAAGGACAUCAGCUUUGGGCAUCACUUGCUUCCCAUCGAACCGUCAAGCAUCUCAAAAAUGCAGCAAACAACGCAAGGCAAAAUUCUAGACCUGACUACCAGCUCCCUAUCAGCAAGCAAACCCGAUAAAUCACCAGCGAGUCGCAUUCCUAACCGGCUCACCGAAGUCACAGUUCAGGUCCACACAGUGCAGAAAAAGAUCAAACACAUCAAGAUUGGCGAUGUUCUAUCUGUCACUAAAGAUGGGCGGGGCUCAGUCUGGAAGGACGAAGCCAGUCAAUGGAAAGCAGCUAGCGACUGUUGGUAUGUUUGCGUUCAGGGGAUCCAUGAGCCAAACAAUGGCCAAAAAUCCUACGACGCAAUCUGGCUGUACUCUCCGGCGGACACCAUGUGCGGUCUCAUGAAAUACCCAUGGCCCAAUGAACUGUUUCUUUCAGACAACUGUACUUGUUCGCACAAAAGGAUUGAAGAGGACGAAAUUUUGGACGUUGUUAGCGUUCUAUGGCAUGGCUAUCCAUCAGAAGCAGGCCGAAGACUUGUUGUUCGACAAACCUAUCUAGAGAACGAAAGAUUUGUCACCUUGCAGGAAGCACACAAAAAGUGUGAGCAUCUGAAGGAGCGGGACCAGACUGGGACAUCAAUAAACCUGAGCAAAUACCCAAUCGGCCAGACUGUCCUUAUCGCUCCAUCUCAGAAGUCCCGGCACGGAUUGGAGCCCUACGAGAUUGUAAAGUAUAUCACAGAAGGGUCUAAACAUUUCGCAGUUCUGAACCGCCUUCGGAGGAGACGAGAGAUCGAUGGCACAGGCCGGCCCAACGAAUUGGUCUAUACCACGAGCCACACAGAAAAAGUUAGCGUCAACAAGCUUGAACGUACAUGCCUCGUUCGUCUCUACCGAGAAUCCGACGCGGAAGAUCGUCGUAUCCCAGCUCCAUACAGUAGGGAUGGUACUGGGAACGCAUUUUACAUCACCUCUCGGUUAAGGGAAGAGAAUGGCAUCUCAAAAUUGAUUCCCAUUGAAGAAGAUCUUCCACAAACUCUGAUACAGGGCUUUGAUCCAACCAGCAUCCUGCCGGAAAGCCGCAAAGUACUCAGAGGGAUGGAUCUUUAUUGUGGCGGUGGAAAUUUCGGCAGAGGUAUUGAAGAAGGCGGUGCUGUUCACAACGAAUGGGCUGUGGACCUCAACAAGAACGCUAUCCACACAUAUUCAGCUAACUUGAAGGACCCUGCGGGAACGAAGCUUUUUUAUGGCUCAGUGGACGAUCUCCUCAAACAAGCAUUGCAGGAGAAUCCCAAGAAGUCUGACCUGAUACCAUUUCCAGGUGAAGUCGAUUGUAUCUCUGCUGGAAGCCCUUGCCAAGGGUUCAGCAAGCUGAAUGUUGCACGGAACAAUGAUACUGGCCUCAAGAACCAGUCUCUUGUCGCCUCGGUGGCGUCUUACGUCGACUUUUACCGACCCAAGUACGGCAUCUUGGAGAACGUCAUGGCAAUGGCACAGAAGUCCGGCAACCGAGACAAAGACGUCUUAUCUCAACUAAUUUGUGCUAUCGUUGGGAUCGGGUUUCAACUUCAAGUGUUCGUUCUUGACGCUUGGAGCACCGGAAGCCCUCAGUCGAGGACUCGACUGUUCGUCGCGUUCGCAGCUCCUGGUCUCGAGCCGCUCAAGCAUCCAGAAUUAUCCCAUUCUCAUCCGCCAAAGGUUAGAGAUUUUGGGCUUGGUAAAUUAGCAAACGGCCAGAGCUUUGGUCAUCGAAUUCGAGGGCUAACCCCAUUUGAAUAUGUCACUGCUGGUGAUGCGACAAAAGAUCUCCCAAGAAUUGGAGACGGAUGCACAUAUCAGUGCACGAAGGAGCCUGACCACGUCUCGGGAUCUGGGAUGUCAACAGACCUCAGAAACCAGAUCAGAGCAAUCCCCACCUUUCCCCGAGGGAUGAACUUCUCAAAAGCCUGGAAUGAGUCAAAUGGUGUAAUGACACAAGAGCAAAGAGAUCUCUUCCCGCUGUAUACCAGAGAAGGAAAACUCCGUGAAAACACAAAGCACGGUUCCCAUGCAUGGGGUCGAGUCAGUCCAAAGGGGCUCUUCCCAACAAUCGUCGUCGCCCUCUCCGCAGCUGACAGUAGAGUCGGUUGUAACUUGCAUUGGGACGAUCACAGAUACUUGACGACAAUGGAAGCCAGAAGGGCCCAAAGCUUCCCGGAUGACGAAAUCCUUCUUGGUAGCCCUGCUGAGGGGUGGAAGUUAAUGGGCAACAGCGUUGCUAGGAGUGUUGCGCUCGCCCUUGGACUCUCGCUGCGGGAAGCAUGGUUAAAGAACGAUCCCGACAAUGAACCGCUGCCAACGAAAGACAACAUUUCCUCACCUGUUUUGAAGGAACGACGAUCCGGCAUCGAGAUCGUUAUACACACCUCGGCUCGGCGCAGUAAACCUAAGACAGAACAGGUCAAAGCCUCCGCAAAGCAGCAAACUACCCCUGUUGUUGAUGCCGAACUGGCCUCGAAGAGUCUUGGUAAGGCAAACCGUCGGACCGUCGCACCCAAAAAAGCUCGGGGAAGUAGACUUGUGCCAGAUUUGGAAUCACCCAUGGGCGAAGAGGGUGCAUCAUCGAUUAGUUCCAUUAACCGACCUGUCUUUACCAACACGGGUCGAAGCAGAAGAGAAAUUCCCGAUUCUAUGGAGGCUUCGGCCGACGAAGACAGUCUUCCUAAGGAGACUUUCCAUCGUUUCCUGGGUUCACUUGAGCUUAGGACCCCUAGCAGUCGCGAUGAGCUCGCGUUAUCCGAAAGUGGCGAAAACUCGAAAUCUAGGCAAGCCAAACUCACGUCACGCAAAAGACCGCACGGCAUGAUACAGAAAUCGGAGGAGAUGGCACAUGAACGGAGUCGCAAAGUGCCCAGGGUCAUAAUUCCCUCGACCACGUCCUCAAGCGGUCCGGCAUCCCGCCCUACAAAUCGGCAACACCCAAAAGCACAAUCCUUGAAUGCAUCAACUCUCGUUAAGAAGCUAGACGAUGUUAGGAGGGAUCAGAGUCGUCGAAGACCGGAACCUCUCAGCAACGAUGACGACGAUGGGGAUUCCAACAAAGAGAUCGCCGCUGCCCCGUCUUACUCAGCUCAGCCAUCUAGUCUGAAGAGCAGCGUCAAGUCAAGAGCGAAUCAAACAGCAAACAGCAGCAGUUCUAAAACUCCAUCGAAGGAAAAUGCUAAGGAUCGAGUUGUUAUCAGUCUCGUGACCGAGGACGAGCACGAGGACGAGGAUGAGGAUCUGGGAACUACAGCAGGACUACUUGGGCGGGCAGGUGUACCCUCAGCCUCCAAAUAUGUGCCAGUUGACAACGGCAACCUCUUGGCAUAUGCACAAACAAAUCGAUUCAUGAACCAUGGGAAGAACAGGAAGCGGGUUACAGUGAGAUAGCGGGACCAUACAGGAGAGCGAGAGGUAGCAUUUGCUUUGGUUUGUAGUCAUUUAGCGAGCAUAUGACAACACGGGCGUUCAGGGUCAACGAUUUGAGGUUACAAUGAUACCCGUUCCCGUGUUCACACGGAGCACUUUCCGUUCUUGUACUUCCAGACGGCGACUUCUGGACGCAGAUGGGAUUCCGGUUCUGAAUGGGGGAGAUCUCUCUGACGACGGGGGGAUUUGCAGCAUCGCAGAUAGGACAAAGUAAUCAAUCAAUCAAUCGUAAUAAUACUUUUU